CAACCAUUUUACCCGGGAAUUCAGGCGCCUGCCGGGGCCCAGGCCCAUGGCAUCAUCAGCUCGGAAGUGUCCAUGUAGCUGUGGGUGUGGUUGAGGAAUUACCAAUGGAUUCGGGUCAAUUCGAUUUUCGAGUUUAUGUGGUGGCCGGAGCAGAGUUAUUUUCGCGGAGCGCACAUAGAUGACUUCACAGCACAAAUGUAUGAUCCACGCUCUGACUUCUGGGCGAUUGUCGGUCCCGUGCUAGAGAAUUAUUCGGUGAGCCUAAAUGAGAGGAGAGGUAAUCCGGGUGUGUACUCCGAUGGGGUGUUGCACUGGAUAACGUUCCCACACAGCUGGGGACGAUAUAGCCUAACCGGAUUGGAGAUCACCACAAACACAUGGAAGGAGUUGCGCUUUCCUACCGGAACGAGGGAUGCAGCAUUGGGGCCGAGAAAAGGGAAGCUGUUGCUCAUUGGGUGGGAGUAUAAUGAUGCUUACGUGCGGGAGCUCAGAGAAGAUGGUGGCUGGUGUGUGAUUGAGAAGCUGCCUUGUGAAUUGACAAAUAAGCUCUUUGGGGGAUCGCCUCGUUGGAAGUCGCUGAAAAUGGCAGAUGGGAAUGGUUUUGGAUUGAUGGAUGCGCAUCCACAAGUGGGCAGCACUGGCAUUGGCCGAUCAAUGGCUUUCUGUUACAUCCAAAUCUGGCGCGUUCUUCUCGUAUCUUCCCUACUCUCAAGGAUUGAGUGUGUAAAACAGUAUGGUAAAAGAUGUUUUCAUUCUUGGAAAAUUGAUACAAGAGAUGGUCAUAUAUAG